CUCAGCAAUUUGGGUGCAUUAAAUAACACUUUACAAUUCAUUUCAGGUCUCAAAGCGGUAAGAGUCUUUUUGCCCGAAAGAUCUCCCCUAAAGAAAAAUGACGACUCGUGACAAAGCAUCCGAACAACUUGCUGAUUAUGCAAAGACUAAGAAGGUAAAAUUAUCUUUCAUUGAUCGAAACAAGUAGUUAUUUAAAAUUUGUAACAUUUUCUCGUUAUAAACAAUUUUGAAGGGUCGCAAUUUUCACUAGAGUGCCAGCUGUCGUUUGUAAGGUCAUGUCGUUUGUACGCUUACUUUCACCGUGCGGAUUAUUCAUUUUCUAAAUGUAUCAUCUUGAAAAGAAGCACAUGACUUUUCUGAGAAGACUGUUGGAGUCCACACAACGAAAAAGCUCCCCAGUAAUGUGUACAUUAAUUAAUAUAUGGCAACGAACAUGAAAGCGGUGCUUGCACGCGUAACGGCUAAAAAAUCUUCCUGAAAUGGCUAGAAAUUCCGUAAGAAUCAUACAGCCAGUGUGACUAAAAUGGAGAAUUUUCUAUGGACUGUAAAAUAUAGUUUCUGAAAGUUUCACCGUCAGUAUUUGCGGAAAAUGACGAUGAAGCGAGGGCGAAAUCAAUACUUGCAUUUAAAUCAUCCAACUUAGAAAUAUCUCUCCUAGGACUAUUAAUCCUUUCUUUUGGUGACGAAAAGCUUUCGAGCGGUUGUUAAUUAUUAUCUUCUAACAGUAGGGAUGCAAAUGUGGUUUUGACAUGAUAUGUUUCGUGCGAGAACAACUAUGAGUUUUAUUCCUGACGUAUAAAAGGCAUUUAGUAGUCCGUCAGUUCUAAGUCGUCACGCGAUCUAAACAAAUUUAGUUGUCGGCGGAGAGAGAGUUUUAUUUUAAAACUUUUUGGUUUCUUAGGGUACAAACAUAAGGUAAAAAAAUGUAAAGAUGGAUGAAAAACAGUCUAAAAUUGCACAAAAUCUCUCGGUUACAAAAGCGCUGAUUAUAUUGUUGCGAAAUAUCUCGAAAUUAUCCGGCUGAAGUGGACAAGACUGUAAUUGUGGUUCGAUAUAUGAUAUACUACCCUCCUGGCCUGCCAAGAAAAUAUUUAUUUUGAAAUCUAGGAAUUUUAAGCCAUGAUAUCAAUGCGGUUGUCAUGUUUCAAGAAUGAUUUAUGUAUUAACAAGAGUUCGUUAGUUGCUGCGUCAUUGUGUUCGGCAAACCCCGUUCGAGCAACUUGAACAACAACGGAAUUUUGGUUCACUAAGGAGGAGGAAAAAUAACUUUACUAGUGUAAAUAUUGGUUUGAUGAUGUGUCAACAACACUUAUUAUUUACAAAGAAAUAUUUCCGUACUUCGCAAAAUUUCAGAGAAGUUAUCCUGCGAUCAAUAUCAAGGAAGUUAUUCACAUAAAUUGAAGUUCUAAGAAGACUUGGAAAGGCUUAACAAGACAAUUCGAGCAGAUUAUCAGUAAACAAAAAAUUAAAACUUUAACGUUGAUAUCUUUCAUCUGGUUUGAGGAUUAUAGUUUAGGAAAAACAAACCAGGUUGUUUGGAUGAACUAAAACAAUGUCAUUAUAAUUCACCAUCCGGUUCAGUUUGGUGAAUUUUUACAAUAGGCUAAAAAAAUAUUACAGGUGAACGUAAAUUUACAUAAAAUUGCAGACUGAACCUCACUGUGAGCCGUUUAUGACGCAUAUCCUUUGUUAAGUUUGAAACUUCCUGUGCAAUAUCAGCAACGACUAGAAUUUGGUUGUGACGUCAGAAGAGGCACAAAAAAUUCAGGAAAGAUUACACGGAAAUUUAGUGGGUGACUAAGACAAUAGGAGAGGAGAAAAGCGCUAAAAAUUGCGAAGCAGGUCUACAUCGUCUUAAGUUUUUACAACUCUCAGCUCUCACCCACGGACUCCAUACAAAAGCGUGCUAAUUAAAACGAAAGAACGGUGUUUGUGUUCAUUUGCCGAAAAACAAAGCCAAGGGUAUCUCUUGGUCAACUAAAUACCAUGGUCUUAAGUUAAAUCUAUCGACUACCUGUUGACCCACAGUGGUUUUGACCACCCGUGACAUCACAAAUAUUGAGCAGCGAGUGUCGAAUGGUAAACAGAGUGACGUAUAUGGUAUUGUUCACCGAUCAGCUAACGUCAAAAAUUAUUCAAAGCUUUAAGACAUUACACGUAAGUGGAUUUGCCAAAACAAGCUUCGGCCGAUCUUCUAGGAAAGUGAUAAAAUGGCCAACAGAACAAAAGCAUCUGAACAAUUAAGCGCCUAUUCUUCGAAAAAGAAGGUUUGUGAAAUCCCUUGCACCUAAAACUGCAUGCUCAUAGCUGCAGGAGUGAUGCCAAAAAUAUUGACCGCAUACGUACCUCGUUGUGCGACUAGCUCCCUCAGUUGACUGUCUCCGCAAACCAUCGAAACAGUUCCUUUGGUAAUAGGAAAUUUUGGAUCAAUAACAAUUUUACUGGCUGGGAGCAAACGACAAAGAAACAUGUUCUAUAACUUGAAAGCAAUUUCCCUCCUACAGUCUUUUAAGGAAAGUUUAAUACGCUGGAAUCUGUCACGAUAGGAUAAUUUGUUUCCCGUCCUCGAUUGAUUUGCAUUCAAUUAAGAGAGUGUAGAUAUCUCUUGCAAAGAAAAAGAGACCUCAAAGUAAGCCUAAAAUGUGUAUCUUACUAAAUUGGAAACUCGUUACCAACCACUACGUGACAUGCGAACAAAAGGGAAAUCUUACGAGAUCUUGUUUCGAUUAGAUUGUAAUUCCCUCGUCAGAAUCUUGAGAAUCGUUUGUGUUAUUGCAAAUGUAUAUCAGAAAUGUACUUUCGGUGUGUUUCUGCGAAGCGUUAAUUACUUUAGUUGCAAGAAACGUUCGUGACAUUUGUAUGCGUGUGGCCCAGAUAAUGGGACCAAAGGAACGAACUUCGUCUCUAAGCACGACCACAUUUAUGCAUGAAAGCUAUUAAGCAACGUAAGAACGGUAGUAAAAACUGCUCAGAACAUUUACAACGAAAAUGCCUUAGCGAUUUUCAGGACUCAAAGGUCUUUGUUAUAUUUGCCAUUUGUAACAAAUCCGACGACUCGUGAAAAAUCAACGAUGCGUCGAGUAAUGAAGAUCAUGAUUGUUGCAAGAGCUGGAGUUGUCUCAGCCACGAUUAUUGAUCACACUUAAGAAAUGUUCGAGCUAAACCCAGAGAAAAAUAAGUAAAAGAGCUGCAAUGGAAAUAGCAAAUCAGAGUGCCCAAACAAACCACUACAUUCGUGUGUGAGUAAUUGAGUGCGUUUCACGGGUGGAGGACCUUCAGCCCCCAGCCACACCCCCUUCCAAAAAUAAACAACAUUCCCAUUUUGUUAUAUAACAAGUUUCAAGAGUCGAUUCAGGAUCACGCCUACGAACUCGUGGCACGACAUACACGUGACACGGGAUUAUUUGUGAUAAAAACUAUCUUAAAAAGUUACUCAAUGGAGCUGGUCACUUUUCAAUCCCAAAUGGGUAAUUAGCAGAGUAGUACGAUUUUGCGCUCAACUGUCACAUCGAAUCUUCGUAAAAUAUUGCGAAUAGGGUGAUUAAUGCGCAAGUUGCAGAAACAUGAAUAAACUUGAGUGAUUAUUUUAUAACCGAAGAUUUACCCCACAUGGUGUUCCCAGGAAAAAAUUCGAUGCCAAAGUUUCCGUUAACUUUCCGCAAGAUCCAAUUUGAAAAAAAUCAGUAAGAUUGACUUGAAUUUCUAACCUAUAAGUUACAUUUAGAAAGAGGAAGGAAGCAACUGACCAUUUCUUAGAUGUAAUUGAGUACUGAAGCCAAAAGGUCAACAAUGUAGUCACGUUUUCAUAUUUUAUUGUGUCUAGGAGCGUGAUGUUCUCACCACUGGAACUGGGUGCCCAAUCGACACAAAGACAGCCACCAUGACAGCAGGGCCCAGGGGGCCCAUCCUGCUGCAGGACGCGCAGUUUUUGGAUGAGAUGAGCCACUUUGAUAGAGAAAGGAUCCCAGAGAGAGUGGUACAUGCCAAGGGAGGUGGUGCAUUUGGAUACUUUGAGGUCACACAUGACAUCAGCAAAUACUGCAAGGCUGCAGUUUUUGAUAAGAUUGGAAAGAGGACUCCAUUGUUGGCACGCUUCUCAACAGUUGGUAAGCGUAGUUACUAAACUACAAGUUCAGUUAAUAUUCCCACGACACACCAGCAACACAUUUAACCUGUUCGUAACAUAAUAGCCGCAGUAGCUUGUCACAUCUUAAGUCCUUACACUCUCCUUCAUUCCUUUGAUUUUCAGUCUCAUCUAAGCUGCUGGUGCCUUCGUUUUUUAUUUCCGUCCCUUUUCAUAAUCUAAUAUAUUUUCGUAAAUGAAAUAACUGAUUGUUAGAUUAAAGAUGCAUCAGAAGAAACAACAUUGUUUUUUAACGUUUCAGGUGGCGAGUCUGGCAGUGCUGACACAGCUCGUGACCCACGCGGUUUUGCUGUGAAGUUCUACACAGAAGAGGGAAACUGGGAUCUUGUUGGAAACAACACUCCAAUCUUUUUCAUCAGGGACCCAAUCUUUGUAAGUUUUUAAACCUUUGUUGUGAAAGUUUUGCAACGUUUUUAAAACAUUUUAGGUUUUCUAAUCGCCUUGAUUGUUUUUUCCAGUUCCCCAGUUUUAUUCACACUCAGAAGAGGAAUCCUGUCACUCAUUUGAAAGUAAGUCCCUAGUUAUAGAAAAUGUCCCGACAUGCCGUCCUAAACUACUGAUCCAGAUUUUAAUACCAAUCAAUUACUAAAGCGGAAGAAUAAGAAACAAGAAAUUGAGCGACCUUUUUGCUGUCUAGGACCCCGACAUGUUCUGGGAUUUCAUCACCCUGCGUCCUGAGACCACCCAUCAAGUCUGCUUCCUGUUUGCCGAUCGCGGCAUUCCUGAUGGCUACGAGCACAUGAAUGGAUAUGGAAGUCACACUUUCAAAAUGGUGAAUGCAAAAGGGGAGGCUGUCUACUGCAAGUUCCAUCUCAAGGUAUGACUUCAAUAUCUAUUUGUAUUUAUAGGGAAAGCACAGCCUAACAACACUUAUACAAAGUAGCUUCAUAUGAAUAUCUAUGACGGAACAGUGAUUUUGCCACAUCGAAAGAAACAGCAACAUCAUCUCGGCGUCAAGUUGUUUGCACAGUCCUAGCUUUCAAGAAAUCAACAUAUAACACUCCCUCUGGGCUUAAAGGUCUGCCGAAUGCUAAUGCUGGUAUCUUUCGAAUGACUUAUUGAGUUUAUUACUUGCUGUUACAGACUGAUAUGGGAAUAAAAAAUUUGCCUGCUGAUUCAGCAGAGCGGCUGGCAGGCUCUGACGCAGACUACAGCAACAGGAAGCUUUACAACACAAUUUCCAAUGGGAAAUAUGUAAGUAUACAGUCACAUGUAUGUUCCCCCUCAUGUUUGUUCACUCUUUGUUUAUUUUUGUCAUAGUCAGAAUGAUCAUCUGUAUAUGUACUGUCAUAAAUUUUACAGGAAAAAAUGAAUAUUUUUUCUCCUUCCUCAGCCCUCUUGGACAAUGUACAUUCAAGUGAUGACGUUUGACCAGGCAGAAAAAUCCUCUUUUAAUCCAUUUGAUCUGACCAAGGUAGAUUAAAUUCAACUUUUCCAUUACGCUAACACUCCAUUAGAGAAAAAAUUAUUCCAAGUUAUCUCUGGAAAUUUAGAGAAUUUGCAUAACCUAUUUGCUGUAAUUCUCUAGACUUCGAUAACACCUGAAAGUAAUAAAGUACUAAUGCCUUUUUGUUUUAUCUUUGUUAUGUAGAUCUGGCCGCAUGCCGACUACCCUCUGAUACAAGUUGGAAAAAUGGUGCUUGAUGAGAACCCAAAGAACUAUUUUGCACAGAUAGAGCAGAGUGCUUUCAACCCCGCUGCCAUGGUUCCAGGAAUUGAGGCCUCUCCAGACAAAAUGCUUCAGGUACAACAAAGAUCACUCUAGUAAAUCGUAUUUGUCUUUCAAGAUAAAGUCUGAAUUUACCAAGUUUAACAAAUGAUGUUACAGGGCCGCCUGUUCUCCUACCACGACACUCAUCUCCACCGAUUGGGAACCAACUACUUACAACUGCCUGUGAACUGUCCUUACAAGACAAGGGGUGGAGGUCCCCAACACUACCAAAGGGACGGACCGCAGUGCUAUGACGUCGCAGGUAAGGCCUGAGGCAUCGUAUCGUAACUCAAAUCUUACAAUAGAACCGAUGGCCUUCCCGUUGAACUAUGGUUCUUCCCCGUCGAUUUUUAAGUCAAAAUAAACCUUCAAUAAAUAGCUGUAAAAGAGUCUUUUAGUUUUGGGAAAGCUGCCCAACUAGCGUCAUUUUGUUUUCCAGUUGUCUAAAUGAACGUUUAAUCGUUUGUCUCAGAAAACUAAUUUCCGAUUUUUCUAUCAUUUAUGCUUUUCAGAGCCGGGCCCUAACUACUAUCCCAACAGCUUCAGUGGACCCAAGGAUGACAUGAAGUAUAAGCCACACACAUUUCAGGUGAGAAAAAAAGCCUACGCUUACUGCGGACGAGUUUAACCUCAUUCUGAACUUUUGUCUGAGGACAAUUUUCACGAAACUCAUCCUUUUGCUAUUUUGCAGGUGAGUGGUGAUGCCAAACGCUAUGAGACUGGGGAUGAAGACAACUAUUCUCAGGUAGGAUUUGAAAGCUUUGUUACCCACUCAACAUGACAGUGCAAUAAAUUUGCAUUGUUAUCAGAAGUUAUAUCCUUGUGCUUCCCGUAAUACAACACGUGACAUCAGCACUGUAAUGGAUUUAGUACAUGUACUCCAUUUUCACAUCCCUUGAGAUCAAAAUAAAAUGCUUUGGAGUCGUCUUGUCCUUCCCUUCCACAACAACAACACCAACAUCACGUCCAGAGAACAAUUAACGGCUCUCUAAAACUUGUAACUAUAUUUUGAUCUUAUCUUCUCAAACCUUGAUUAUCUUAAAUACAUAUCAGUUGUUAUUCUAAAGACAUUAAUGUUUGCAAAACGAAUGUUAAUUUGUAUCAAUCGUAACCCGAAUCUAUAGGUCACAACUUUCUGGGAGAAAACCCUGGACAAAGGUGCCAAAGAACGCUUGGUGUGUGCCAUUGCCGGUCAUCUGAAGGACGCCAAGGAUUUCCUCCAGGAAAGAGCUGUAAGUAUUUGACUGCAAACUCUGUCCUUUUUACACUGCUCUUUCACCUUCUUUACAAUUCGGUGGCACUGCACUGCUGACGUGGGGCAGAGGGCCUUUUGAGACUCCUAACGAGGACCAAGUUUAAAUGUAGAGAGCUUUUCGUGACUUUAACAAGAACCAAUUUUAAAUGCAACAAAGCUUUGAAUAAAGCCAGGGGUACAACCAUUCAGUGUUUCAGGUUCGCCUUUUCGUUGAGUUCCAUUCCCAAAAAUACUGAGUUGGAGGUCAAACACAUUGCAGAGCCCAUUCCACCAUUUCUGUAAACUUAAUUACUCUGUUGUCAAAAAAUAUUUUUUCAUCUCUCCCAAGCCAAGAGAAAAAAAUUGACUUAACUACUUAUACAUUUCAGGUGAAAAACUUUUCCCAAGUUCAUGUUGACUUUGGUAACCGCCUGAGAGCGAAAUUGAACGAGUACAGAAACGUAAGUGUCACUUGUGAAAUGAAAUAA